AUGCUAGAUUUAGAUCUUUAUUGGAGCAUAGUCGACAAUAUGGAUAUCACAGGCUACAGCGAUACUCAUACUUCAAAGCAUGGUUUUGAUAGAAUGGAAGUCAUAGGAACACAAAUGGGUAUGGUGUCUACGAUGGAUACUAACAGUGCUUCGAGUAAUGCUGAAAGUUGUGAUUCUGCUGGAAAAAUAUUUAGCGUUAAACAAGAAACCAAUAAAGCAUAUCAUCUAAUGACCACAGAUAUUGCAUCAAAACAAAAUGUACAAAGCAUAGUGGUUAAAUCCAAUGAGGAACAAUCCAAUUUAAUCAAAGUUCGUGUGGGUUUCGACAUUACACGUAAAGGUGAAAGAAGCUUAGUGAUUGAUGGAUAUAAAUUUACUAAAUCAAGAGAUGGCACAGGUGAUCGUGUGUUUUGGCGAUGUUCUCGACGGGAGUGUAAAGCUACAGCUGUUACCGUUUCCAAUAAAGUAGAACAUGUACGAUCAAUUCAUUGUCAUUCACCACCAGUUGCAGCAGAAUUUUUUUCCGAGGAUUCUUCUCGAUUUGAACAAGAAGUACGCUUUAAUAAUGUAGUCUACACUCAACGGUCUCGUAUUCGUAGACGCAGUCAACCGAAUCCUUCUACUAAAUUAUCGAAACAAUUAGUGAUGAAACAGUUUUGUCUGGACAAGAAAAAAACAUCAACAGGUUCUACUACAUGUUCUGUCACAUCAGAAAUUCCUUGUGAAACUUAUUCUUCAGAUUUUUUAAAUGUGGACUGUUCAAAUAACAUUUUAUCACCUGCAAAGAAACGACAUCGUUCCGAUCAAAUUACAUCUGACUACAUAACUUUACAAACAAUGUCUGCUUUAUUUAAUAAGUGGGCUGAUUCAAAACAAAUGGCAAACACGAAUAAUGAUAAUAUAGAAGGAAAUCUUUCAAAUAACUCAAACAGUCGUUUAUCUACUACUAACAUGAUGAUAACUGCCCCUUCUGACGAAAAUGAUAAUAAUUCUUUGAACAGCAUUCCAGCUACAUCUAUUAACAGUUAUUUAAGCACACUUCACGAAGAUUCAUUUGCCAAUUCAGAUGAUCAGCCUAGCUCAGGAUCUGCCACUUUAGAACAGUUAGCUGCUUUAGCCACCUCGUUAAAUAAUAUUUCUAACCAUAUCCUCGAGAAAGGAUCAAACAUGAUGAACGAAGUAAAUUCAUCUCCAAAUAAUGAUGAAACAACGAUAAAGUUUACAAAUAACGCGUCAAUACAAUGUACCAAAAACAAUGAUCUACCUAAAACUAAUAAAUAUGAUAUUGAACAAUCGGCUACAAGUUCGUAUACAGUUGAUAUCAAUCCCAUUAGACAUCACCCUCAUGAACAAAUUGUUCUUCUUAGUAAUGAAAGGCUAAAUGAUUUAUUGAAAAUAGUGAGUUGUGGUACAAUGAUGAAUAAUGAUAUUUCAAUAAAAAAUGGUUCUAUCAAUUCUUCUGCUUUCCAAGGAUCACCUACAAUAAGCAAUCGCUUGUUAAAAUCUUCAGGGUAUUCAAAACUUUCAGAUGCUCAUUGUACUAAUAGCCUGUCAAAAUGCACUGCUACUCAUUGCUGUUCAUAUUAUCCAAGAGCUAAUAUCACAAUGGAACAUUCUAAUAAUGUGUAUACUCCUCCAUCUCUUCAGUUUACCUCUUGUUGUUCAACAAAUGGUAUUCCAAAUCAAAUUGUUCAUUUUUCUGUAAAUAGUAGUUCAACUGCCUCAUCCAACAAAAAACCUGUAACUAUGGAUGAUGAUGAAUAUGGUUCAUUCCGAGAUGUUAAUAAUAAUAAUAUUAUUAUUAAUAAUGCUAAUGGUAAUAAGUUAUCAUCUUCAAACUUAAUAGUCCAUUGGAAAAAGGAGAAAAUACGUGAAUCUGUUGAAGAAUGCAGUGUGCCUUCGACAAACAGUAGAUUUUAUGAUGAAAAUGUUACUAUUCCACAAAAUGUUUAUGUAGACAAACAAUCUUCGAAUACUGUACAAUUGAGUACACCAUGGAGUAUUGAUCAGUUUUCAACAAGCAAUAAUUCAAUUUCUAAGUGUUCACCAGAAAAUACUCAUGACAUUAUCAAUGAGAAAUCUGUAAACUAUGUUCCACAGAACACAUCAACUUCACUAUCUAAUACAAAUGGAACAGUAAAUAAAGUUCAAUCCAAAGCCAAUUAUACUGCUCAUUCAAAUUGUCUUCCUAUGUCUAAUUCAGAUAUGCUAACCUCUAUUCAUCAAAAUGAUGAUCAAUUUUUAUAUAAUCAAAUUCAAGAUGAUAUACUCAUUAAAAUAUUGAAUACAAUACAACAGUUAACAGCUAAACUUGAUGCUGAUGCUAAUCCACCAGAGGUAAUCCAAAAUUGUCGUGCAAUUCAAGCCUGUUUAGAUACAAUUAAUGCAAUAAAAAGAGUAAAAUCAAAUCGAUCUGAUGAUGAGUGUAGUAGAUCAGAAUUAGGAUCAUUAGCCUCAAACAAUUCACACUUUACACAUCAUUUAAAUUCAGUCACUUCUAAUUAUUCUAUACAACAGCAUAAUGAAUACUCGUCAACGUUAUCACCACCAUCACAGCCCAGUGUUAUUCAACCUUUAUAA